CAGAGGGAGCUGUGCGCCUCUCCCGGCGCACGCACGGCGCCACCAGCUCCUUCUUGCUGCCGCCGCCGCCGCCGCCGCUGGGCCCGCCCGCCGGGGAGGGGCUCCCGGCCUCGCCGACAGCUGCUUCCUGCUUCCCGCACGUCUUCGCUGCGGCGCCGCUGGUCCGCUCGUGCGAGCCCUGGCCCGGAGCUCCCUGCCCGCCGCUGCCCGCUCGGCUCCUGUCCGCACCCCAGCCUCCCUCGGCGGCCAGGCCAGAUCGUUCGCGUCCAUUCCCGGAGCCCGCGCCCCACGUUGCCCCCUGCUCGCCCCGGCCAUGCUGUCCUUCCAGUACCCCGACGUGUACCGCGACGAGACCUCCGUACAGGAAUAUCAUGGACAUAAAAUCUCUGACCCUUAUGCUUGGCUUGAAGACCCAGACAGCGAGCAGACAAAGGCUUUUGUGGAGGCCCAGAACAAGAUUACGGUGCCAUUUCUUGAGCAGUGUCCUAUCAGAGGUUUAUACAAAGAGAGAAUGACUGAACUGUAUGACUACCCCAAGUAUAGUUGCCACUUCAAGAAAGGAAAACGGUAUUUCUAUUUUUACAAUACAGGUUUGCAGAACCAGCGAGUAUUAUAUGUUCAAGAUUCCUUAGAGGGCGAAGCCAGAGUAUUCCUAGACCCCAACAUGCUCUCUGACGAUGGCACAGUGGCACUUCGAGGCUAUGCAUUCAGUGAAGAUGGUGAAUAUUUUGCCUAUGGUCUGAGUGCUAGUGGUUCAGACUGGGUGACGAUCAAGUUCAUGAAAGUCGAUGGUGCCAAAGAGCUUCCAGAUGUGCUUGAAAGAGUCAAGUUCAGCUGUAUGGCUUGGACGCAUGAUGGGAAGGGAAUGUUUUAUAACUCAUACCCGCAACAAGAUGGAAAAAGUGAUGGUACAGAGACAUCCAGCAAUCUCCACCAAAAGCUCUGCUAUCACGUCUUGGGGACUGAUCAGUCAGAAGAUGUUUUGUGUGCUGAGUUUCCUGAUGAGCCUAAAUGGAUGGGUGGAGCUGAGUUGUCUGACGAUGGCCGCUACGUCUUGUUAUCAAUAAGGGAGGGAUGUGAUCCAGUAAACCGACUCUGGUACUGUGAUUUACAGCAGGAAUCCAAUGGCAUCACUGGAAUCCUGAAGUGGGUAAAACUCAUUGACAACUUCGAAGGAGAAUACGACUACGUGACCAACGAGGGGACAGUGUUCACCUUCAAGACAAACCGCCAUUCUCCCAACUAUCGCCUGAUCAACAUUGACUUCACGGAUCCUGAGGAGUCCAAAUGGAAAGUGCUUGUUCCCGAGCACGAGAAGGACGUCUUAGAAUGGGUAGCUUGUGUCCGGUCUAACUUUUUGGUGUUAUGCUACCUCCACGACGUGAAGAACACUCUGCAGCUUCACGACCUGGCCACUGGUGCUCUCCUCAAGACCUUCCCACUCGAGGUCGGCAGCAUCGUGGGGUAUAGCGGUCAGAAGAAGGACACCGAAAUCUUCUAUCAGUUUACUUCCUUUUUAUCUCCAGGCAUCAUUUAUCACUGUGAUCUUACCAAAGAGGAACUGGAGCCAAGAGUCUUCCGAGAGGUGACUGUGAAAGGAAUUGAUGCUUCCGAUUACCAAACAGUUCAGAUUUUCUACCCUAGCAAGGACGGUACAAAGAUUCCAAUGUUCAUUGUACAUAAAAAGGGCAUAAAAUUGGAUGGCUCUCAUCCUGCUUUCUUAUAUGGUUAUGGUGGCUUCAACAUAUCGAUCACACCCAACUACAGUGUGUCCAGGCUUAUUUUUGUGAGACACAUGGGUGGCGUCCUUGCAGUGGCCAACAUCCGAGGAGGUGGUGAAUACGGAGAGACAUGGCAUAAAGGUGGUAUCUUGGCCAACAAACAAAACUGCUUUGAUGACUUUCAGUGUGCUGCUGAAUAUCUUAUCAAGGAAGGUUACACGUCUCCCAAGAGGCUGACUAUCAAUGGAGGUUCAAAUGGAGGCCUCUUAGUGGCUGCUUGUGCAAAUCAGCGUCCUGACCUCUUUGGUUGUGUUAUUGCCCAAGUUGGAGUAAUGGACAUGCUAAAGUUUCAUAAAUAUACCAUCGGUCAUGCCUGGACCACCGAUUAUGGGUGCUCAGACAGCAAACAACACUUUGAAUGGCUUAUCAAAUACUCUCCGCUGCACAAUGUGAAGUUACCGGAGGCAGAUGACAUCCAGUACCCAUCCAUGCUUCUCCUCACUGCCGACCACGAUGACCGUGUGGUCCCACUUCACUCCCUGAAGUUCAUUGCCACUCUUCAGUACAUCGUGGGCCGCAGCCGGAAGCAAAGCAACCCCUUGCUUAUCCAUGUGGACACCAAGGCAGGCCACGGGGCCGGGAAGCCCACAGCCAAAGUGAUAGAAGAAGUCUCAGACAUGUUUGCCUUCAUAGCGCGGUGCCUCAACAUCGACUGGAUUCAGUAGAUGGAAUCUCGUCUCUCCUGACAGCCGCAGAAAACCUCAAGGGCUUUCACACCGUCAACACCGAGAAACCACUGGGCAUAAUGCUUCCCCACAGGAACACUAUUCCUGCACUCACAGACUGCAGUUGCGCAGAACUGCUGCGGGAGUAAUUUUAUCUUUUUUAGGCUUCUCCUUUGUAGCAAGCCCUUGGCGUUUUUCUUUUUCAUCCUGUGCAGGCACAUGUUUAAAAAAAAAAAAAAGUCAUGUUUGGGUAAGUAGCUAAGUGGCAGCCAACGCAUUGUGAAUAGAUUGCUGAAUUAAGAGUUGUAGUCAGACAUACUCCAUAUACGUACAUAGCAGUUCAGUGAAAUUUGCUUCUAUAAUCAUAACAUGUCUCUAAAUAAAUAUGAGAACUGGUCUCAUGAAAAAGACUUCUUUGCCGCAAUAAUAAAUGUUAUUUAAGAA